AUGUCUCAUGGAAUAUGGACACCAGAAAACUUUGGCUGGAUCGCCGUACCAAGAAACCGUUCCAACAUCCCAUCUGCCGAAGAGGUUGCUGGAAUGAACAAUGAUUCCUAUUCAGACCCCAUGGACGCCUGGCCCGUGACCGAUGUGACAGACAAGGCGCGCAAGUAUGCCCAGGAGCAUCUAACCAAGGAGACCUACAAUCACAGCAUGAGAGUAUUCUGCUACGGUAUCUACAUCAUCCAACACUACUUCCCAGAAUACCAUUCUAAGGCCUUCUUCGAAACCUGGGCACUGACCUGCCUAUUCCACGACAUCGGCACGACCGAUGAAAACAUGUCGAACACGCACAUGUCCUUCGAGUUCCAAGGCGGCCUCCUGGCUUUGACAAAGUUGCAAGAGUUCGGCGCUCACAAAAUUCAAGCAGAGAGCGUUGCCGAAGCCAUCAUCCGCCACCAGGAUCCCGGUGAGACAGGCACGGUUAGUGCCAUGGUGCAGAUGAUUCAGAUUGCUACUGAGUUUGGUAAGUCAUACUUCUGUUGA